UCCCCCCAACGUCAUGUGGCGAUUUAUGUUCUGAAGUCAACAACAUAUACAAUGAUUUGCCUAAUUAUUGUCUGUGCUCUGGAUGCGAUGUGAAAAUGGCCUAAAAUUUCCGAAAAUGGCAGCGGAAAUUCUUGAAAAACCCCACAUUGACUAUGCCCUGGUGGCAGGUCGUAGAAACUUACCCUUUUUUGGAGUGAGGCACUUGCAAGUGCUCCUGCUCUUCUUCAUGGUGUUCAUUGCCUUGGGCUCCAAUGUUUGUCUAUCGGUAGCUAUUGUAGCUAUGACUGAUUCCCUUGCCAGUAGCAACCCGAAUGUGCCAACCUACAAUUUAGAAGACCAAGGCACCAUUCUCUCGGCCUUUUUCUGGGGCUACAUCUGGCCUCAGAUUCUGGCCGGGUACGUGGCCAAUCGCUUUGGGGCCAAACGGUGCCUGGUUGGUGCCAUGUCCUUGCAGUCGGCGCUCACAUUAUUCCUGCCAGUCACCGCGGCUAAUUUCGGUUCUUCCGGCCUGUACGCCAGCAGGUUCUUGCAAGGGUUUUGCCAAGGAUUCCUCUUCCCUUCGCUGACUCACCAGCUGGGCCAGUGGGCCCCUCUCGAGGAAAGAAGCCGCAUGGGGGCCUUUGCAUUUGGGGCCGGCCCUUUGGGCACUGUGGUCGCAAUGUUGGCUACCGGCAUCAUCUCGGCAAGCUGGCAGGGCUGGCCCUUGGUGUUCUACGCCUAUGGAACCUUGGGAGUAAUCUGGAGUUUGAUGUUUGGCAUAUUAGGCUCCAACCGCCCAGCAGCCCAUCCAAGGAUCAGUGAAGCUGAGCGGACGUUUAUUGAAACCAGUCUGGGACAUGUGGGAGGCAAAGUGUCCCACAGGGUUCCAUGGAUGGCAAUUUUUAGAUCGGGGCCCGUUUGGGCUCUGCUGGUAGCUCAGAGCGGAUACAUUUACUGCUCCUGGACGCUGCUGAGCCAGAUCCCCAGCUACAUCAACCAUGUGAUGCACUUUAAUAUAAAAAAUAACGGCCUUCUGUGCGCUCUUCCUUAUCUAACGCUCUGGGUGUGGAGCUUCGUCUUCAGCUACGCCUCGGACAGUCUCAUCAAUCAGCACGUGGUGAAAGUAGGGACGGCCAGGAAGAUUUUCAACUCCAUCGGGCUCCUCACUUCAGGACUGGCAUUGAUCGCCCUCGGUCUCACAAAAGCCGAUCAGGUGGCUCAAGCAGUCGCUCUUUUGGUGCUGGCAGUGGGUUCGCAUGCUGCCUGCAUGUCCGGAUGGUCGGUUAACCACAUCGACCUUUCUCCGAAUUUCGCCGGAACCAUCAUGGGCCUUACCAACGGGUUUGCCCAUAUCUCUGCCAUUAUUGCGCCGCUGAUAGUGCAGUUUUGCGUUUUCGAUCAGACUGAUCCAGAGCAGUGGAGGAUGAUCUUCUUCAUAGCUGCAGCAGUCGCUGCAGUCGCUGCGGCCGUUUUCGUGCUCUUCGGGUCGGGCGACACUCAAGACUGGAACCAGCACAGAACCGAAAAAAUCCCAAUGAAGAAAAAUGAAUUGAUUUGAUAACAGCAAACCCUCUUAAAUCCUUGCUCAUUUAACCAGGUCUAUAAAGUGGUAAUAAAGUGAUGGAAAUUA